AAUAUCUGCGGUCUGGAUUAUAUUCCUUGCCUAAAUUUAAUUAGGAAUACUAAUAGAUGGAGUAUACAGUGCAAUGUUGGCAGCUAUGGUCAGCGGCUUUCUUGUUGACGUUGUUGCUUCUCCAAAGUGAUGCGGCACCGGAAGCUCCCAAAUCAGCGCCAACAACAGCAGCAAUACCAAGUAACACCAAUACCAAUACUAGAUUGUUAAGGACCGUUAAAAAGGAUCAGGCACCAGUCUCUAUAUUGCCAGCGACACAUGAAUUGGGCGUGUCACACGCAACUGUCGAAUCCUCUGCAGAUAAAGUUGUCGUCAUCAGUGAAAAUCCACAGAAGUUAGGCAAAUUGCCCGAAGAGGAGGUACACAUUGAACGUUCAAGCAAUGAUUUUCCCGAUGCAUACGUCGCUGUCUUCUAUGUUCUAGUGGGCAUAACAAGCUCUGCCCUAUUGCUGCUGAUCGUACGCAUUUAUCGUCUACGCUUAUCUCGUGCUGAGCGCAAAUACGGCGUGCAAGGCGAUCGAGCCAAUCAGGAGUUAACGCCGCUCCCAAUGGCUAUCGAGGAUGUAAAUAGCGAUGAGGAGGAGGAUCAUACUCUAUUCGAAGUUAAUAGGCAGAGCAUUCGUAUAUUAUGAAAGCCAUCACAAUGAUUCUCAUUAAAAACCGGAAAAUACAACAACUUGCCUUCUCAGUUGCUCAAGCAGUAUCUAUUAUAAUUGUAAUUGUAACAUGUGUGUUUGUUUUAGUGUAUCGUAGUUACUAACAAGAUGCCUAACAGUUAAAAUUUGCCUUAAGAUUUUCUCGUCGCAUUUUUCUCAA